GGAACUGGCGGGGGACGCGAUGGACUUUCGCCUUCUUGCCUUCCGCCCCCCAUCUCUCCCACAGAGACAACAUUACCCGCUCCCAUAAUACGCCCGCAUACAGCUCUUAACCAACGCGCCCCAUACCAACCCGCUCUCAUCCAUCAACACUUGCAUAUCGAUCGCUUGCCGCUAUAUCGCCCUUGCUAUUCUCGUUGUGAUUCCAUCGCACAGUCCUCGCACCCGCUCUUAUUUCUUCCCGCUUUUCUCAAUCCGAGCCGCCCUUUAUCGCUUCCCUUCCGCAUUUUUAUCGCCACUAGACCAUCACCAUGACGUCUACGAACCCCGCAUCCGCCACGACCUCGGUCGCUCAGACCGUCUCUACUUCGCCCACGUCGCAGACGCUAUCCCAACAGACAGCCGCCGCCACCCCAGAGCAGCAGCAAUCGCAUCCAGUCCCGAUGACGCCGCCGAAGAGCCCUGCGUCCGCCUCACCUCGCGCGACGCGAGUGCCUGGAUCGACGACUACCGCGCCCGAGGAGAGCCGCGACACCGGUGCCGAGCUCGCCCAGCCUCUUAUCGAACUCGAGGACGGCGAGAUCGCUCGCGACGCUAGCUCGCACGAGGAAGCUUCGGACAGCGACACGGACGUGGAGAUCUUGAUGCACUCUGUCGGGCGUAUGGGUUUGCCGGGCCCCGGAGAGGACGGCGGAGAUGAUCUUCCGGCUCAACGACCUGACGUAUCACCCAUUCUGCCGGCUACGCAAGGUGAUUCGCAUUCGCAAGCACAGCGCCAGGCUCCUGCUUUCAAGCUCCCAGCUUCAUCCGUGGUAUCGUCCCUCGCUCCGCCGGCAUCUGGCGCUCCUUCGUCCGACUUCUCUUCUAACGCUGCGUCGGGCGUCGUCAACUCCAUCCUCAAGUCAACCACCCCCGAGUUUAGACCCGCGCGUCUUCAGACCGUUGUCGAGCAGCAGACGCCUACCGACUCCGAGCAUCCACAUGUUGCCGAGUCCGCGCAGAGCGACGAUUCAGACGCGAACCUACCCCCGAAUGUGUACAUCAAUGGCCUACCUCCCCACUUCCCGGAGACUGAGCUAUACGCUCUCGCCGCACCCUUCGGCGAGGUUCGCAGUGUGCGAAGCUUUACGCGGCACGUCGGCGAGCGCGAGAGCGGCUACGGCUUCGUUCUGUUUGCCAAGUUAGACUCCGCCGAGAAGUGCAUACAGUCCCUUCGGCGUUAUCGUAACCUGCAUCCUACUUUCUCCAAGCAGGUGCACAAGAUUCCCGGCACGCCUUAUGCUGCUCCGAAGCCAUACCCUACGCCUCACGCCGGCAUUGGGCACGAGCAGUUCGGCGACGAUCCCAGCGACGUUUCGUUCAAGGAGAAGAUGGAGAGGCUUCACGACUUCACGAGCACCAACUUAUACAUCGAAGGCCUUCCUUUGAGCAUCGACGAGCCCACCCUAUCUGCGCUUGUUGCACCACAUCAGAUCAAGUCUAGUCGCUUUUUCCAGACCAAGCUUAGCAACCCCCCACGCAUCAUCGCUUUCGUCAGGCUUGAAACUCGCGCUGGUGCUGAGGAAGUCAUUGAGCGCCUUCAUGGGCGCAUGGUCCGCGGCUGGAACGACACCGGUAGCCGCAUCUCUGUGCGCUUUGCGGAUACCGCAGAACAGCGCGAGCUAAGGCGCCAAGAGCGUAACGUGCGCGACGGCGAUCAGUCUUCUUCCCGGUUGACGAUCGCCCAAGCGGCGCUCCUCAACUUGCGCGGCCCAGCCAUGUCGACCACACCGUCUCAGGCCUCUCUGUCGUCAUUCCCGUCCCAUGGCUCGCUGUCUUCCCUUCCCUCUCACGGCUCUCUGUCGGCGCAGCGUCGUCAGCCUCGCGGUCCGAUGGAAGAGAGCAACUUCACGCACGGAAACCACGGUCUUGCCGUUGACUACAACCUGCAGCGCAAGUCCCCCAACCCGUACCAGCAGCGCCGAUCACCGAACCCUCAUCAGUACGACCACCGUAGCGGGGGCCAGCCAACAUUCCGCACGGCGUCCGAGGAGCAGCACAUCCAGCUACCGCCCCCUCAGCGCGACGCGUCAGGUGGAUCUAUGGCGCACCUCCUCGAUUCUCUGCGUAGCUCUGGUCACUCGCAAGGCGGAAGCAGGUUCGAUUACCGCGAGCAAUUCCCGCAGACGCUACGCUCGAGCUCUUCGAGCACGGACCUCUUAAGCGCUGCCGCUGCUUACUCGAACCAGCAUAGCUUCCCCGAGUCGCGCGCGACUCAGGCGCGCAAUGGCUAUACGCCUGCUGAGGAGUACCUGCUUCAGCAAGCUAACAACGACGCGUAUCCCGAGCGCGAGCACAGUGCCUUCCGUCGUCGCCUACCCGGUAGUCGCAUGCAGUCAGAGAGCAAGGAGGGAACUUCGCAAGGCCUCAACGUGGGCGUGCGUGGUUACCGUGCGCAGGCAUCCACCAUGACAUUCCCGCAUCGCUCGCCCGCGCUGACGAUGGACUUCUCGCCCUCGCUGAGCGAAAACGACUUCCACUCCAGCAGCGCGCAUCGUGGCUACCACGGCUCUCACGCGUCGUACUCCGACGAUGAGAGUCCGAACCACGGUUCUCAGGCACACAUCCGGUCGUCGACGCUCCCUCAUCCGCCGACUGACGCUGGUCGUCAACGCCACGCGCAGCACAGCAGCAUCAACAUCCCGCCAUCGUCGCGCGGUCAGUUUGGCUUCGGGCUCAAGAAGAGCGUCGACCGCUAUGGGGAUGGCUCGCCCGCGCUGACGCAGAACUCGCCGUCGAUGGUCAGCCCGUCGCUCACGUACUCGUCGCGGACGCCAGCUACGCUCAGCCCGGCGACUCCGUUUUUCAACACUUUCGCGGGCGAACGCGAUGGCUUCGACGGUGGUCUCAUCGGCGAGAAGCACUCGCAGCAGCUGAGCUCGCGUGCUCCGGCGAUUGCGUCUCAUCGCGAGCAGAUGUAGGCGCGCUCAUCGCUGAACCUGUACGUCCGCCAUGCUGCUUUUCCCUUGCAUGAGUCCUUGGUUCUUGUUCGUCGCUUUCCUGCCGUCGUAUACGUCUCUUGCACGCUUCCUUCUCCCGUCUUCAUGAACACCCAUAGCGUCAUUUGCCUUCGUCCGCGAGAUACCGUUCGUCUGCCCGAUUGAGAUACCAACAGCACCAUUCGCAUAACUGUUCUUCGCACACAUCGCUCUUGCUACCCCGUUAAAACCUCGCGUUUACUCGCACCUACUCUCUUAUACAUCUUGCUAGCCAGUUAAUGAAGGGUAUCCGAUGUCUGUUGCUGCAGUUUCCGUCGCUCUAUCCGUGUACGCACUUUCGAUACGCUCUAUUGUUACUCGUGUUUACAUCCGGCGCGCUACUACUACUCGUGUAUACAGCCCUCGCCUACAUCGCAAUACAGUAUCCGUCAACAACGACGAGCUCAUGUUGAGCAUAAACC